CGUGUUUGCCGCCUAUAUGACUGACCGAAGUUCAAGGAUUUUGUCAAAGCCUACAUCCAGGAGUGUCCUACCUGCCAGGAGGUGAACAAUGCGAACCACCUUCCGUAUGGGUUACUCCAGCCCUUACCCAUACCCAACGGUCGUUGGCAGUCCAUCUCCAUGGAUUUUAUUGGUCCCCUCCGCCCACCCACUGAGCGUGGUCAUGAUGCUAUCUUGGUCAUCGUCGAUCGCUCCACGAAGCGAGCAUGCUUUGUACCGUGCCGCUAUCGCAUUAGCGCUCGUGAGGUCGCCGACAUCGUCUUCGACCGAGUCGUGAGAGAUCACAACUUACCUCAGAGCAUCAUCUCCGAUCGUGACCCUCGCUUCACCAGUACAUUCUGGCGACGCCUACACGAGGUGUACGGAUCCCAGCUCCGCUUCUCAUCGUCUUACCACCCCCAGACGGAUGGUCAGACUGAGGUCACCAAUAAAACUCUCGGUAAUAUCCUCCGAAAGUUUGUUAGGGAUGACCAGCAGUGGGAUUUACACUUAGCCCACGCGGAGAUUGCGUACAACCACGUUGUUUUGCCAGCCACGGGGAUGUCGCCAUUCUAUUGCAACCUCGGCUACCACCCUCGUGUACCCGCGGACUUCCUACGACCAUCGCGGUUGCGCCCAGACACUCGUUCUCCUGCGCUUGAUGACUGGAUCGCCCACAUGGCGGCGAUUAUGAAGCGCGCACACGAGAGUCUAGCCGACUCCCAAACCCGCAUAGCCACACGAGCAAACCAAUCACGAAUGGAUCAUCCAUUCAAAGUCGGUCACAAUGUGCUCGUCGACGCACACCAUUUGCAGCUCGAAGCGGAUACGCUUCGCAAGUUCAGGCGUCGUUUCUUUGGUCCAUGCCGCAUCCUUCAGGUCGUCGGUUCUGAUACUGUCGCUAGUCCGAUCAGCUUCCGUGUGAAGCUACCUGAUUACCUUCGCCAGACUCGCGUCCACGAUGUUUACUACGUCUCCUUGCUGCGUCCUUAUCGCAGACCGUCUGAGCGUUUCGCCGGAGGUUCCUAUGAGCGCCCUCCACCUAUCAUGGUGGACGGUCACGAGGAGUUCGUUGUUUCCGCCAUCGUAUCACGCCGAGUUACCGAUGAUACCCCUCCACGCAUCGAGUACCUUGUGCCUUGGAAGGGUUAUCCUCAUGAGGAGGCUACUUGGGAGCCCCUCGAGCAUUUGCAGCACGCCAGGAUGUUGGUGCAUGCAUAUGAUCGUGCUCGUCGUGCUGAGAUGUCUGCCCCUGCUCAGCCGACUGACCCUCUUCCUCCUCCUCCGACUGAGGAGAUUGCCGAGGACGAGCCCGCUCCCUCUGAGGCCGUUCCUCAGCCGCAGACGGCCGCCUCCGAGUGUCCACAGCGCACUCAUCGUCGCCCUUCGCGUUACGAUGACUGACGCUCUUAUCCUCUAUCUUUUCCCUACUGACUCACACCAUCAGGUACUCCAUCAUCAGCUUCUUCAGGAUGUCAGCGUUUUGCGUCU